AUGAAGUACAAUUGCUUUGUUCAAACUUCGUUCAACCGUUUCCGACAAAAUUUGAAAAUGUGCGAAAAGAUGAAUCAAGUGCGCUCCAUCUGCAUGCGCGAGAGAGUGCCGACGCAGAGAUUAAUUUAUUUUGGAAGACACCCAAUCCAAAAAUUGACUUAUUUCCAGUUUUUUUCGUUUGAUUCAAUGAGAAACCUGAAUAAAGCAGCACUAUUUCAUCGAUUCUCACGACACAGAACAUUCUCUUCAGCAGUUUUCACCCGUCAAAGCAGUAGCUCGUUCAAUAUCGAUGAAGUGACUCAAAACUACAAGCAAAGGACAGAAUUUGCAGCUGCUAAUUAUAGAAAAAAUGGUGAGAAAAAAAUUGUUUUAUUAAGAUUUUUAUCAAGCGAAUUUCUUUAUAGGCAGUCUGUUCCGAAUGGUUCUUCCUCCACCAAAUGUCACCGGCAAGCUUCAUCUGGGACAUGCGUUGACCGUAGCUGUGGAAGAUGCGAUUUGCAGGCAUCAAAGGAAUCAAGGAAACAAAAAUGGAUCCCUGGAUUCGAUCAUGCUGGAAUCGCAACACAAGUCGUAGUAGAGAAAAUGCUUGCAAAACGUGGAAGAAGGCGUCAAGACAUGUCUCGAAAGGAAUUUUUAGACGAAUGUCACAAAUGGAGUGAGAAAUGCUCUUCUGAAAUCCGCCAUCAACUCACUCGAAUGGGCGCUUCUUUGGAUUGGACUCAAAACUACUAUACACUGGACCCAAAGUUCUCUGAAGCGGUCACCAAAGCGUUUUGCACAUUGGAAAAGGAAGGACUGAUUACACGUGGCAAAAGAAUGGUUCACUGGUGUCCUACAUUAUCGUCAACACUAUCAAGCCAAGAAGUGGAUCGGGUCGAUGUUCCGACGAAUACUUAUAUCAAUGUUCCUCUGGCAAACGGGCUCAAGAGAAAAGUUAAAUUUGGGCAAAUGCAUCUUAUUCGAUACCAACUAGUGGAUUCGUCGGAUUCAGAAUAUAUUGAAGUGGGAACAACUCGACCAGAAACGCUAUUCGCUGAUGUUGCGAUUGCAGUUCAUCCAGAAGACGAUAGAUACACAAAACUGCAUGGAAAGCAGGUUUGGUCGCCUGUGAUGCCUGGAAGAAAGUUGCUAGUGAUAACUGAUUCAGCAGUGUCGAUAGAGAAGGGUACAGGAGCUGUGAAGAUCACUCCAUCGCAUGAUCCAUUAGACUAUGAGAUCUGGAAUCGCUGGAAGCUGCAAAAUCCCUCAUCAAAUAUCGAUGAGUUUUCUUGUAUCGAUGAAAACGGCAAAAUGGUGAAUUGCACGGAAGAUUUUGCGGGAUUAGAUCGAUUUGAUGCAAGAGAGAAGGUUAUUGACAAACUGACGAAUUCUGGAAACCACAAAGGACUCAUAAAACACGAUGGAGCACAAGUUAACAUUUGUUCUCGAACCGGGGACGUGAUUGAGCCAAGAUUAGCUGAGCAAUGGUUUUUGGACUGUAAGGAAAUGUUUGUGAGAUCAGCGGAGCAGUUAAGAACAGGAAAGGUUUUUAUGGCACUGAAGUUUUUUUUUCCAAUGCUUCGGUGUUUUCAGAUCGAAGUAUUCCCCGAAUACCAAUCACAUCGUCUGAUUGAUUGGUUUGAAAACCAGGAGCCAUGGUGCUUGAGUCGACAGCUGUGGUGGGGCCAUCGAAUUCCGGCCUAUCAUGUUCCCGGCAUUUUUUACAGACAGAACAACUGGAUUGUGACUGCCGAUGAGCAAGAAGCUCGUCAAAAACUCGGAGAGCAAUUCGAACAAGAUCAGGAUGUUCUUGACACGUGGUUCAGCUCAUCGCUAGUGCCACUUGUGAAAAAUGGCUGGCUGGAAGGAGAAGCUGUUCAGAAUCCGUAUCUGAAUGUCAUGGAGACUGGAUGGGAUAUUUCUGGAUUUUGGGUUGCUCGAAUGAUUGCUCUUAACUUGAAAUUGGCUAAUGGAGAAUCACCAUUUGGAAAAAUUGUGCUGCAUGGAUUGGUUCGAGAUAAUGAAGGACGGAAAAUGAGUAAAUCUCUGGGAAAUGUGAUUGAUCCUUUGGAUGUACUAGAUGGAAUCACUUUUGAGAAAAUGGUUGAUCGAGUGAAGGAGAGUGCUCUGGAACCUGCAGAAAUCGAAAACGCAGUGAAGGAUCUGACGAAGAGGUUCCCAAAAGGCAUCGCUCGAUGCGGACCAGAUGCUCUUCGAUUCGCUCUUCUCAAGUACGAUAUUCUCUCGACGGAUAUUCCACUGGAUGUGUCAAAUGUGGCUCUAGAUGGACUUCAUUUCUGUAACAAGCUAUGGAAUCUCGCUGCGUAUUAUGAUCAAUUAGCAGAGAAGUGCGAAGUAAUCAAAGAUGUGGAUUCGGAUAGACUUAUUGACGAAUGGAUUGUGGCAAGACUUUCAAGCACGGUUUCCACUGUUGAUGACCAUAUGAAGAAGUUUUCACUGCAUUUGGCACUUUCCACACUUCAAAAAUUCAUCACUGCUGAUAUAUGCGAUGUGUACUUGGAAUCCACCAAAAAGGCAUUAUGGUCGAACGAUAUUCCACGCAUUAGACAAGCCCGGUCCACACUUCAACGAGUUCUUCAGCCAACACUCGUUCAGCUAAACGCCUUCAUGCCAUUCGUCAGCGAACACAUUUACGAGAGAAUCUUUUCCAGAGAACCUGGAAGCAUCCUUUUCGACGUCGUCAAGCCAUCUCUCUUCAUUUUCCAUCGGAACGAAGAGCUAGAAGAUGCCAUGAAGCUGGUAACUGCUGUGAUGGCUGCAGUACGAUCAACUCGACAAAAACUAGAGCUCUCUCCGAAACUCAUUUUCUCAGGAGUCCUAGAAAUGCAGCCGAUUGAAACGACGCCUUCAGAAAUCCGUCGAUUAGCUGACGACGUCACACAGACCUGCGGACUAGAACUUCAGAAUGCAUGUCGAGAAGUUGAUGAAGACAUCAAGAAGAACUACAUGGCAACUCCAGUCCCUGGACACGAUGCCAAGUUGUGGUUGAGAAUUGACUCGGAAUCGAAAAAAGCGUUCAUAGAGUGUCUCAAAAAACAGUUGGAGAAAACUGUAAGCCGUCAAGAGCAGUACGAAUCAAAGGUUGUGUCAUACGAAGCGAUUUGUGCAAAUCCCAACACAAAACCGUUGAAUGUGCUGAAAACGAAGAAAAAAGCUGAAAAUGCCAGAAAAGUUGUCGAAAACGCGAAGCAAGAAGCCACCAGAAUUGAGCAACUCAUAGAGAAUCAGUGUUGA